AUGACCUGGGUCGCUACGGGGAGCUGCCCGUACUCUUCACGUUGCGUGUUCAUCCACGACCCGCGCGUCCAAGGGCGGCAGGAGGCGUGGCUGUACGCCGGCUCUCACAUGUCCUCCGCGUACCACUCGAGCGACUCGGCCUUCUUCUUCCCGGAUCUACCAAGAGAUCCCGACAGCCUGCUUCCGAGAGACUCUUCGUUGUACGACCUCGACCCCGCCAUGUGCGCGGCCAAAGACCGUGCGGACAGGGCCGUGUACAACAUGUGGUACUCUUUCGUCUCGGUGCUAACCGACAUCGAAACGGACAAGGCUCCUCCCAGCGGCUCCUCCGCCAAGCCUGGCGCCGCCGACGUCUUCCCCGCCCCUUCCCCCUCCUCGAGCGAAUCCACCCUAGCCCUCUCCGACCGCAGCAGCAGCUUCGGCUCCGACUACUCCACCAGUCCCACCAACGGCGGCGGGGGCGGCAGCUCUUUUGCGGCCGGCGGGUUCAGAGCCAAUCGCACAGUGGCUGCUACCGGCGGCGGCGGCGGCGAAAAGGCUGCCAUGGACCACCACCAGGUGGCGGAGCGACGCAUCGCGUGCGGAGGCUGCCCCCGCCUCGCGUCUUUCGUCGAUCUUAGCCGCGGUGUGCCGAUGGGUCCCGCCACGCCGACAUCCCCGGACGCGGAAGUUGCAGGUUUUCCGUUCGAAGAUUCUCAGCUCGUCGCGUUCUCCAGGGGUGACGCUCCGGGUUCGGCGGCCAGCAGGUAUCGUCCGCGCUCUACCGAGGAAGAAUUUUCGCCGGCAUCAACGCCGGCGGCGGGCGGCGCCGGCUCUCCGGCGUUUCCGAUGCCCGCCGACUACCCCUCUUCCCCUCCGAAGUCGUGUCGUUCGGGCGGCCGGCCCACUCUCAGCAGGAGCAGCUCGGCCUCGAUCGCCGACUGCGGCGCUUCUUCUUCUUCUUCUACGGCUGGGGCGCUCCCGGCGACGCUGCCGCGACCGUCCCCGUCCCACCGAAGGCCGGUAGUGAGCACGCAGGUGGACGCCAAUGGUAACAUCGUGGCGGCCGUUGCUCGUCAGUCUGCCCCCCAGAUGGUCGCGCCGAGAGCCGUCAGCGACAGCGUUGACUGUGCCCACCAACACUACCAGCGGCACUGCUCGCCCCCGGCAAGGAGGGUCCCGUUCAAGACGGUACCUAUUCCGCCGCACGCUGCGAUCCCGCGCUCGGAGUUCCCGCAGCCGCAGCCGCGCCGGUCGUCGCCGCCGCCGCCACCUGUUGCUGCGGCCUUCGCGAAGCAGCUCGCCGAGGAGGCCGAAGCGGAGAUGGUGUGGCUGCGCCUGGCGUGUCCCGACCGAAGGGACGCGCCGCCGCCUCGGGGCCACCACCAUCACUACCCGGAGCGGCGCAUGUGGGCUGCUCUGGACCACCAGAGGUCCUGCGCCUCCUCCUACAACAACAACAGGAAGGCCCCUUUUCCACGCAUGACAUGA